AUGACUACGAAUGAUGGUGAAAAGUUUCAUGUGUGCGAAAAUAUCGACGAUUUUGAUCAUGACGUUGAACAAGGUGAAUUGAACAAGAGGGGUUGGGUGUUACAAGAACGCGCUCUAUCACGUCGAACGCUUCACUUCACGAAGGGUCAGACAUACUGGGAGUGCGGCGAGGGCAUAAGAUGCGAGACGUUCACUCAGACCGCGAAUCGUAAAGCAGCCUUUCUUGGUGACUCGGACUUUCCUAAUGCUGUUAAGUCCGAUAAGCAAGGGAGACAACUGAAGCUUUACCAUGAGUUUUACGAAAGAUACUCCUCCUUGGACCUUUCCAACAGAACGGAUAGGCCGAUGGCAAUUGCAGGGCUUGAGAAAAGACUGAUAUCAGCCUUGUGCUCUCCGGGAGGCUACGGUAUCAUGCACUUGAACUUUCCCAGGGACCUUUUGUGGCAACGUCAGGACCAGAAUCGUUCCUUAGAGCGCGUGACGUUUGAUCAUUCGUCUAGAGUACCGUCAUGGUCAUGGAUGGCUUUUCAUGGAGAGAUAAGAUAUAUGAACGUUCCAUUGGGAGACGUUAUUUGGGAAGAACGUAUUAUUUCUCCUUUCCAGCUCAGCGACUUGGCCACAGACACAGGUUACGAUACUCAGCAUCCGCAUGAGUUCAAUGCCCCGAUAUCGGUGCUGACGAGGGAAAGAGAACCUGAUACGACUAUAGACAGACCGAGACUGCUGAUACAAGACGAUAUGACCUUUUCGCUUCAAGAACCAAUCAAGUGUAUCGUCGUCGCAAGAGGCAAGAGGAACCUACAGCUGUACGCUAUUCUCGUGCACCUGGUUAAGGAAGAGGAUGGAGUUCAGAUUUUCGAGAGGUCUGGCGUGGCGUAUCUAACGAAGAACGACAUCGCAGUUGGAACCAGCGCAGAGGACCCUUGUAUAGGAAGGAUUCAAUAA